GGCCACACCGCCAUCCACCCUCCCCCUUCUGUCCCGCCCGCCCUCUUGCGCUCCCAUUCAUCUCGGUCUUAGAGGAGCAUAUAGAUACCAGCACCUGCGUCUGGCUCUUUCUAUCUUAUACCCUUCGCGACUCAAGAUUCAGAGGACAUGUCUGAUCCGUUCGAUGUCAUUCCCUUCGAGGAUAUCAAAGGAGACUGGAAGAAGCUUGGCUCUGGGUCGUUUGGAAAUGUGUACAUGGGAUCGUACCUCGGGAUCGAUGUGGCCAUCAAGGAAGUCCUUCCAUCGAAUGACUAUGAUGUUGCGAAAUACUUUGAACGGGAGUGGAGGCUGUUGAAGGAGUCUCGUCAUCCGAACGUCGUAUUGUACCUCGGGCUCUCUCGUGCCCCGGACCCAGAUGGCCGUAUAUUUAUUAUAUCCGAAUUCAUUGAAAACGGUAACCUUCGCGCCUACAUUCACGACAAGCAUAAGCCCUUCCCAUGGCGUCUUCGCAUAUCCUUCGCCACCGACAUCACUCGCGCCCUCGCGUAUCUCCACGCUCGUAAAUGCAUACACCGCGACCUCAAGGGCGAAAACCUUCUCGUCACCUCCAAUGGCCGUCUCAAAAUUACAGACUUCGGGUUCGCCCGUAUUGCUGCCCGCAAUGCAGAAGAGUUACGCCGCCUCACCUUCUGCGGCACAGACUCAUAUAUGUCCCCUGAGAUCCUAUUGGGCAAUGAAUUCGAUCUCCCCACUGACAUCUUCUCGCUCGGGGUCAUAUUUGCGGAAAUUGCGAGCAGGAAGUUGGCGGACGACAGGACGUUCAAGAGGACGGCGCCGACUUUUGCCAUUGAUGAGAGAGAGAUCAGGGAGCUGGCGAGUGCCGGGUGCCCGAAGGACUUCGUACAGCUGGCCAUCGAUUGCCUUGUGGAGGAACCGAGCAAGAGACCAACGACGAGAGAGAUUCUGGAGAGGUUGAGGGCAUGCGAGGCUGAAGUUUUGGCAAGGGGUUCGGAAGCAGAUGAUAUCCACACGGGCAGCAUCAAAUUCAUGUCGGGAAACAAGCGGCCUGGCACGGCCCCGAGGAUUCCAAGCUUCGGUAUGGGCAUCGGAAAAGACAUCGGGAAUGGGAACUACUUCGAGAGUGAUGACGAUAGUGAUGAGGAAUUAAAGAAGGCUGUGGCUGGGCUGUCGAAAGUCACAGUUUCUGGCGAUCCCUCUUCAUCUAUCAUCGCCCAAGGCCACGGUGAGAGCCAACAGCCAUUGAUCGACACCAGCUCGAGCACAUACUCCGACUAUAGCACUACCGUCGUUCGCUCUCACCCGCAGCAAAGCACUUACACUGUACCAGCCCUGUCGUCUAUUCUCACUGUCCGUCCCAACGGCUCUCCUCUCCCCGGCCUCGAUCCGCCCACCAACUAUUCUCAUAUUGUCACUGAUGACGACUCUGCCGCUUCUCCUCAAGACUCCGCUGGUGAACGACCGAGCUCGCAGUCCAUGAUGACUAUCGACUCUUUCCAUACCGCCAGCUCGUCGAUGUAUAGCACGGCAGAUGCCACAGAAGGGGGCUCAACCAUCAGAUCUGUUGCAGCGCCUGGGAUGGUACACAGGUUUACGCUCAUCAAGCCGGGGGCGAAGAAGGGUAGCAUCAGCGUCAACGGUACAGCGAGCGGGUCGACGAGCCCUCAGCACCACCCGGUGGUGGAAAGUUGGGGACCCUUGGACUUCUUCUUUUCGAGUGGCCUGCUGGGUGGUGCGAAGUGCGACAUCUGCGGCAAGAGGUUGGGGAGGAAACCGGUCCUGGAGUGUGACGAUUGUGGGUUGAGGACACACGCCAAAUGUGGCGAGAUCGCACCUAUGGACUGUGGGAUCCGACCUCCGAGACCGAAUUCACAUCAACUUAUUGCGCCGCAAACCCCGCCUAUCAAAGGACACAAGUCGAAGCCGAGCACCCCAUUCUCAGCAGCGAAGUGACUCGGAGAGAUGUUAUGGCCUGGAUUUCUCAUUCCGCUGGUUGCGAGCAUGGGCACCCAUAUCCAUGGAAAUAUUGAGAGUGUGGCUUUCUCGCAGACCAUCGUUCUCACAUCUGUGCGGGAGAACGAGCCAGCUUAUGUCAACGAACAUGAAAUGCACGGCACAAACGAGGGAUUCCACGGACUGAUCCCAACACAGUUACAUUAUUUUCACGCCUUCACGACUAUUACGACCAGCAUCAUUCAGAGGUUUUCUCGCUCUAUCCCUUCUCCGCUUCCCCCGCUCUCAACCUCCAUCCAUUGUCUUUUUAUUACAGCAUUUUACACGGACUUCGAUUGUCCUUCUCAGAUCUACCUGUAGCCACGCCAGAACAGCUUGUUGCCCCGCUCAGGCGCGGCCGUUGAGUCUCACUUUGUUACAGUAUGGGGACGAGAACGGCGGCGACUGACUUGGCGGCUUUGCAUACGUAUAUCUAUAU